AUGGCACUGCCUGCGUGUGCAGCCCGAGCGCUCCGGCCGCCGCUGCAACCGGAGAGAGGAGCGCCCGCCCGCACCACCUGUCCCCGCCGGCAUUCCAGAGUAGAGGCCGAAUUGGCAGGGAGCCGGCCUGGAUCAGUCGCCGCCUCAGUCCGCACGGGCCCUCCUAGGGGUGUGUCUCGCGGCUUCAACUCCCAGCCGCUCCUGGACGAGCCCCUAAAGGCGUCUUCCUCCCCGGCGGGAGCCGCGCGCACCCCUCUCUUUGCGCUGCUGUCCCGAGGCCGCCGCAGGCGGAUGCACGACCUCAGGAGACGCUGGGACCUGGGCUCCCUCUGCCGGGCCCUGCUCACUCGGGGCCUGGCCGCCCUGGGCCAUUCGCUGAAGCACGUGCUCGGUGCGAUCUUCUCCAAGAUUUUCGGCCCCCUAGCCAGCGUCGGGAACAUGGAUGAGAAAUCCAACAAGCUGCUGCUGGCUUUGGUGAUGCUCUUCCUAUUUGCGGUGAUCGUCCUCCAGUACGUGUGCCCCGGCACAGAAUGCCAGCUCCUCCGCCUGCAGGCGUUCAGCUCCCCGAUGCCGGACCCAUACCGCUCGGAGGAUGAAAGCUCCGCCAGGUUCGUGCCCCGUUACAAUUUCAGCCGCGGCGACCUCCUGCGCAAGGUAGACUUCGACAUCAAGGGCGAUGACCUGAUCGUGUUCCUGCACAUUCAGAAGACCGGAGGCACCACUUUCGGCCGCCACCUGGUGCGCAACAUCCAGCUGGAGCAACCGUGCGAGUGCCGCGUGGGUCAGAAGAAAUGCACUUGCCACCGGCCGGGUAAGCGGGAGACCUGGCUCUUCUCCAGGUUCUCCACGGGCUGGAGCUGCGGGCUGCACGCCGACUGGACCGAGCUCACCAGCUGCGUGCCCGCCGUGGUGGACGGCAAGCGCGACGCCAGGCUGAGACCGUCCAGGAACUUCCACUACAUCACCAUCCUCCGAGACCCAGUGUCCCGGUACUUGAGUGAGUGGAGGCAUGUCCAGAGAGGGGCAACAUGGAAAGCAUCCCUGCAUGUCUGUGAUGGAAGGCCCCCAACCUCCGAAGAGCUGCCCAGCUGCUACACUGGUGAUGACUGGUCUGGCUGCCCCCUGAAAGAGUUCAUGGACUGUCCCUAUAAUCUAGCCAACAACCGCCAGGUGCGCAUGCUCUCUGACCUGACCCUGGUAGGCUGCUACAACCUCUCUGUCAUGCCUGAAAAGCAAAGAAACAAGGUCCUCCUGGAAAGUGCCAAAUCGAAUCUGAAGCACAUGGCGUUCUUCGGCCUCACUGAAUUUCAGCGGAAGACCCAGUAUCUGUUUGAGAAAACCUUCAACAUGAACUUUAUUUCACCAUUUACCCAAUACAAUACCACUAGGGCCUCUAGUGUAGAAAUCAAUGAGGAAAUCCAAAAGCGGAUUGAGGGACUGAAUUUUUUGGAUAUGGAAUUGUAUAGCUAUGCAAAAGACCUCUUUUUGCAAAGGUAUCAGUUUAUGAGGCAGAAGGAGCAUCAGGAAGCUAGGCAGAAGCGUCAGGAGCAACGCAAAUUUCUGAAGGGGAGGUUCCUUCAGACCCAUUUCCAGAGUCAGGGCCAGGGCCAGAGCCAGAAUCCGAGUCAGAAUCAGAGUCAGAACCCAAAUCUGAAUGUCAAUCAGAAUGUGACUCAGAAUCUGAUUCAGAAUUUGACUCAGAAUUUGAGCCACAAGGAGAACCGUGAAAGCCAGAAGCAGAACCCAGGCCAAGAGCAGAGCGAUGGCAACACCAGCAAUGGCACCAAUGACUACAUAGGCAGCGUAGAGAAAUGGCGUUAAGUGGCUCCCAGUGGCCUUUUACAUACUUGUCCCAAAGCGCCAGUAGAGAUAUGGCAAAUCUUAAAACAUGAGAGUUUCCAAAUACAUCCUGCUUCCUUAAGUUUGGAAGUUGAAAAAAAAAGUUAAGAUGUUGCCUUUACAGUUGCCUUUCAAUUAAAUGUUAUACUGUGCAUGGGUAAAACAACUUUCAGUAUGUAAUAAAAUUGUCUCUUUUUGGUUUGUUGGAGUAUUUAUAAAAUCCAAAAGCCAAACCAGACUUACCAGAAAUUGCUGUUUUGGUAUUUUAAAAAAUGCUUCAAUUAGCUAUAGAGACAAAAUGAAAACAUAAAAUGUGGCCACCCAACUUAUGGCUAAGAAAUGGACUCCAAAUUAUUCAUGAUACACUGUUAAAACUUAAUCUUGGAAGCAAACAUUCGUUCCCAGGGGUAAGCAUGAAUAUACACAUUAAAAAAAUGAAAAUUAACCACAAAAUCAUUUAUUUUCUUUUGAUUUUAACCAGGCAUCUAUUUAAAUGGAAUAAGAACUGAUGGUAAAUCUUAUCAAACUAUAGAAACUAAGAUUUUUCUCUCCCAAACAUGGGCAGUUUUACAUAAAAAAAAUAUUGGCUUUUCAAGUAGAACAGGAUUCAUAUCUUGUUAUUUAAGAGAUGUCUAGAAUUUUCAACUUUUUCUACCUUCUACUGUUUAAACAUGGUAAACAAAAACACUUUUCUCCCAAAUGGAAUACCGGCAUAAAGAUCUAAUUUUCAGACGCUUUUUGGGCACUGUAAUUUCAACAAUUCUGGAAUAUUUUUGGCGCUGCUUCUCAUUCAUUUUAAGGCUUCUCCGAGUUGUGCUCAUUCCAAAAUAACCCAUUUAUAGAAUCUUUCUUCAUCAUCUAAAUGGUGUGUUGCUGAGUUUCUUGUGAUAUAUAAUCCUGGAUUAAAGUCAGGACUUUCUUUCUAUAGAAUUGUCUUAUCAAUGUUUGUGUAGUGAGCUCUUUAUCAAGAAACUCUUGAGCAGAAUAACAUGUCUAAAAAUAUUGCUGAAGUUAUUCUUGGUCAGAUAGAAUUGAACCUGAAUGUGAAUGAAUUGUUACUGACUUUUUGUACAUUUUUAUUGUGCCGUUUCCAGUUGGGCUGGCUACUUCUAGCCGAUUUGUUCUUUUUUGUAUUGACAGAUUGUAGACAAUUAUGAGAUUUAAAAAAUGGUAGAAUGAGUAUUAUGAUAGCCAGAUAUUCAGUAACAUCAAAAGCUGUACCUCAAUUACUUUGAGUCAACCAUCUACUGGGUUUUGUUUUAAGAAAGAACAAAGAGUGUUCUGCAGUGAGGUUAAGUCUUGGGAGCAUAUGCACUGAGGAGAGUGAUUUUAUAUUGUCUCUGCACAAAUACUUGUAGGGUAUCAGUAUCAAUCGAGCAGGGCCAGAAGAAUCAUGUCACCCACUGUUCUAGCAAGCAUCAUGAUUCUGGGCAUUUUCCAUUUUAUGGAUUUUGCCAUACUUUGUAGAGACUUACACUAAGCCCCUGGCUGUCGAUCUAACAAGACAACUGGAAGUAGCAUUGAUGUUUUCAGGAGCGAUAUGCUUAGAAGUGUGACAAUAAAGUCACAUCUUGUACAAUCUGCUGCUUAUCUGCAUGAUCUAGUUUCAUCUGUAAUACUAUGGACACAAGCUGGACAAGAAGCUGAGUAUUUGGAUUUAAAGAUGAAUUAUCUUGACUCUGAGCUUGUAUCACUAUAUCUGAAGUUUGUUUCGUCUGACAGUAUUGCAGUACUUGGGAAUUCUGAGAACUGAAGAACUGAAAGGAAUUUUUUUAAAAACUCAAACACACCUUGAAGUCAAUGUGUUUUACAGUGAAACUAUUUUGUGUAUAUUGUGUUUUUAAAAUAAAGAUCCUGUAGAUCACUGUGGUAUUUCAGUUUUGUUUAGUUUUAAUUGACAACGUUUGCUCUUAAAACUGAUAGGUACUCUUGGAAAGCAGGAUAAAGCCCGAGCCAGUGGAAAAGCCUGUUACAGAAAAAAACCUUUUGUGUUAUUGCUGUGGUGUGCAUGGCUUGCAGAGAUGAAGUGCAUUUUCUCAGUCUAUACUGAUCAUUGUAUAUAGGGGAUGUUAUAAAUAUACAUUUUUGUCAUCAUCAUAUAAAUCCCAUGAUUUCAACUGUAAACAUCUGUCCAAUGGUGUAGCU